CUCUCGCCGCUAUCCAAUCCAUGCCGUCUACGACUGUCACGAACAUAUGCAACGGAGGCUGAGCCCUCUAUGAUUCACGUCGCAAAACCAUCUCUUUUUGGCCAACCGACAUUCCACAGUCAUCCUCACCUCGUGAAGCCUGAUGAAACUACGCCUGGAAUACCGGCGCAGGACUAUGAGAGAAGACGCUCAGAGCUCAUGCAAGGCUUACCGAACGGAAGCUUGGUUGUAUCUGUGGCAGCCCAGGUGAAGUAUAUGAGUGCUGGCAUUUUCUACAAGUUCCGGCAGGCAUCGGACUUCUGGUACUUGACUGGCUUCGAGGAGCCAGACUCUGCUGUUGUGCUAGAGAAGAACAAUAGUCCUCGAGGCUACCGCAUGAUUCUUUUUUGCACCGGCAAAGACCCCGCCAAAGAGAAGUGGGAGGGCGCCAAAACUCGCUUCGACGAUGUCGUAACAAUCUUUGGUGCCGACGAAGGCCGUCCCAUCGAAUCGUUUACCGAGGAACUCAAACAUCUUGUGUCUUCGAGCUCACAAGUCUAUGUCGAUCUACCGCCGUCAACGUCGAGACGUCAUGCACACGGCAUGAAGUCUUUCCUGAAGUUUCUUGCCAGUUCCAGUAGCGCAAAAGCAGAUUAUGAGAGCGUUAUGGAGGGCCUGUCCGCGACGAAGAGAAAGCCUCUUGCGCCGAUUGUGGGGAAGAUGAGGGCCAUCAAGAGUAAGUUCGAACAGGGUGUAUUAAAAGCUGCAGCCGAUAUCAGCUCAAGAGGUCAUACGAAGAUAAUGCGCCUCUCAGAGCCGGGUCUGUCCGAGGCAGACCUUGCUGCUCACUUCGAGUACAUUUGUGCGCGCGGAGGGUCACAAAGGCCGGCUUAUGUACCAGUAGUAGCUUCUGGCGCCAACGCACUCAUUAUCCAUUACACGCAAAACGAUCAUAUUGUUCGAGACGGCGAACUCGUCUUAGUCGACGCGGGUUGCGAGUAUAACGGCUACGCGUCCGAUAUAACUCGCACCUUCCCCGCCAACGGCAAAUUCACACCCGCCCAACACGAACUUUACUCCGCCCUUCUCUCAGCCCAAAAGUCUCUCGUCCAGCUGUCUACCGCCUCCACAGGGUUUUCACUCAACGACCUGCACCGACGUUCUGUUGAGGUCCUUCGAGAGGAGUUGAAGCAAAUAGGGUUUGAUUUGGGAUGGCAAGGGGGCGUCUUGGAGCGAGUGCUUUACCCGCACUAUCUCGCUCAUCCAGUCGGCAUUGAUCUGCAUGAGGGAGGGACCGUGGACAGGCGUGAACCGUUGAAAGAAGGCAUGGUGAUCACCAUUGAACCAGGAGUCUACGUCCCGGCAGAUCCAUCAUUUCCAAAGCACUUCCAUGGCAUGGGCAUCCGCAUCGAAGACGAGGUCCUCGUUGGCCAGGAUGACCCCGUAGUCCUGAGUGCGGCAGCUCCCAAGGAGAUCGUCGACAUCGAGGGAGCCUGCCAAGGCCUCUUGGGCUUGGAGUCCUUCUAAAUUCACCAUUUAGAGCUUGGAUGCUCGGAAACCAGUGCACAUCUCAUUGUACAUAUCCGCAACAAUUGUAACACUCUACGCAUCUAUCGC